AGACGGCCCCCCUCUCUCGGCCCGGCCAUCUUGUGGGAAGAGCUGAAGCAGGCGCUGUUGGCUCGCGCGGCCCGCUGCAAUCCGUGGAGGAACGCGCCGCCGAGCCACCAUCAUGCCUGGGCACCUACAGGAAGGCUUCGGCUGCGUGGUCACCAACCGAUUCGACCAGUUAUUUGACGACGAAUCGGACCCCUUCGAGGUGCUGAAGGCAGCAGAGAACAAGAAAAAAGAAGCCGGCGGGGGCGGCGUUGGGGGCCCUGGGGCCAAGAGCGCUGCUCAGGCCGCGGCCCAGACCAACUCCAACGCGGCGGGCAAGCAGCUGCGUAAAGAGUCCCAGAAAGACCGCAAGAACCCGCUUCCCCCCAAUGUCGGCGUGGCUGACAAGAAGGAGGAGACGCAGCCGCCCGUGGCGUUAAAGAAAGAAGGAAUAAGACGAGUUGGAAGAAGACCUGAUCAACAACUUCAGGGUGAAGGGAAAAUAAUUGAUAGAAGACCAGAAAGGCGACCACCUCGUGAAAGAAGAUUUGAAAAGCCACUCGAAGAAAAGGGUGAAGGAGGCGAAUUUUCAGUUGAUAAACCGAUUAUUGACCGACCUAUUCGAGGCCGCGGUGGUCUUGGAAGGGGGCGAGGAGGUCGUGGACGUGGAAUGGGCCGAGGAGAUGGAUUUGAUUCUCGUGGCAAACGUGAAUUUGAUAGGCAUAGUGGAAGUGAUAGAUCUUCUUUUUCACAUUACAGUGGUCUGAAGCAUGAGGACAAGCGUGGAGGUAGCGGAUCUCACAACUGGGGAACUGUCAAAGAUGAAUUAACAGAGUCCCCCAAAUACAUUCAGAAACAAAUAUCUUAUAAUUGCAGUGACUUGGAUCAAACAAAUGUGACUGAGGAAACACCUGAAGGUGAAGAACACCCAGUGGCAGACACUGAAAAUAAGGAGAAUGAGGUUGAAGAAGUUAAGGAAGAGGGUCCAAAAGAGAUGACACUGGAUGAGUGGAAGGCUAUUCAAAAUAAAGACCGGGCAAAAGUUGAAUUUAAUAUUCGGAAACCAAAUGAAGGUGCUGAUGGGCAAUGGAAGAAGGGAUUUGUUCUUCAUAAAUCAAAGAGUGAAGAGGCUCAUGCUGAAGAUUCGGUUAUGGACCAUCAUUUCCGGAAACCAGCAAAUGAUAUAACAUCUCAGCUGGAGAUCAAUUUUGGUGACCUAGGCCGCCCAGGACGUGGUGGCAGGGGAGGACGAGGUGGACGUGGACGUGGUGGACGUCCAAACCGUGGCAGUAGGACUGACAAGUCAAGUGCUUCUGCUCCUGAUGUGGAUGACCCAGAGGCAUUCCCAGCUCUGGCUUAACUGGAUGCCAUAUGACAACCUUGGUUCCUUUGUGGACCAUCCUGUUCUAAAAGCUUUUGCAUGCUUAAGGAUCCCAAACAACUAAGAAAUUUAAAAAAAAAAAAAGACUGUCAUUCAUACCAUUCACACCUAAAGACUGAAUUUUAUCUGUUUUAAAAAUGAACUUCUCUCGCUACUCAGAAGUAACAAAAAUGGUAGUCAGUUUUGUAUUUAGAAAUGUAUUGGUAGCAGGGAUGUUUUCAUAAUUUUCAGAGAUUAUGCAUUCUUCAUGAAUACUUUUGUAUUGCUGCUUGCAAAUAUGCAUUUCCAAACUUGAAAUAUAGGUGUGAACAGUGUGUACCAGUUUAAAGCUUUCCCUUCAUUUGUGUUUUUUAAUUAAGGAUUUAGAUGUUCCUCUAAUAUACAGACUGGUAUAAAUAUCGGACAUUUUCAGUUUUAAUACCUGCUUUGCAUUUUCACACAUAGUCAACUGGGACAUUUAAACUUUGAUUUGUCAGAUUUUAUGCUGUGUGGAAUACUAACUACUUUAUGUAUUUUAACUUAGUUUUAAUAUUUUCGUUUUUGGGGAGAAAUCUUUUCACUUCUCAUAUAGCUGUUAUAUACGCUAAAUCUUUAUAUACAGAUAUAUCAGUACUUGAACAAAUUCAAAGCACAUUGGUUUAUUAACCCUUGUUCCUGCAUGGUUCAUUAGGUUCGAAUUAUAUCUGAUACACAAUUACAUUUACCUUUCAAAUGUGUGGCUUUCCCAUCUAAAAGCUAAACUAGAUACCUUAUUAGUAAAACGUGUUUAAGCUACUUACUCUUGAUAGAUAUAUCCUGUCAAGUGAAGGCAUUUUGUGGGAAUGAGUUUUUCCCUCUCCUUCCCAACAGACGGUGGAAUAAUUUGGGUUAAUGCAUAACAUUUAAACUUCAUAAAUUGUGUCUAGCCACUUGCUAUAAUUGAUGUAUGAAAGAUCCCCAAGUCAAAAUGGUACACCCUUCUUAUUCUGAAGACACCAAAGGGCACUCACUGGUUAGUGUGGUGAGAGGGGAGAGUAUUUUGAUUUUUAAUGUUUGGAAAUUAGCUUUACAAGGUUGAAACAGCAGCACCAUCCAUAAAAUGUAAACCAAAAAUAUUAGUGUUUAUAAUCUGUAUUAUUUGGCCUGAAGUUUAUAGGUGAAUGUUCCACUGGAGUUGAAUAAGUAUUUUCCUUCUUCCUCCGUUAGAAAGUUAGGUAAUGAAUUAAUUCCUUGAAUGGGAGCAAUACCACUAGUUUUAAAAGUACAUAAGUAGAAUUAUCAAGAGGUUUUCUGGGAUAUUUAAAAAGCCCUGCCACAUUAUUGGUUAAACAGGGAAGGAAUUUAAAGUUUAAACUCAUUUGUUAUUCAGUUUUGUCAGUAAUUUUCUACCUCUGUGUCCUGUUUUUAAAAUAUUGGAGAUCUUAAAUCGUAACACGUCUGCUAUUUAGUAGAUUUGUUUUCACAUACCCUUGUAGAAAACCAUUCUAGAAAAUAUUGUACAGUACAAGUUAUUCAUUUGAUAAGAUUUUAUUGAUCUAGUUACCUACUAAUAGUCUUGACAUCUUAGAAAGGGGGUGAUUGUUUUUUAAUGAUGGAUAAACAAACGUGUGCUGGUGUUUUAGAACUUAUGAUGUUGAGCAUGUUCUGCACUGGUGCUAUUGUCUAAUUUUAUAAUCUAUAAACAUACUUGCUACCCAGUCAGGUAUGAAUUUAGCUUAUAUGGGCUAUUUUGCGAUUGCAGCAUAUUUACUCUUAAAUCGGUAUGAAGUGUCUACAUUUCUUGUGAACAUGUAGCACUUACAAGACCCUGAUUUCCCGCAAUACUUUAGAAAAUAUCUAUUAAAACACAAGUUGUGUUAGCUGUCAGCCAUUGUCACCAGAGAACACAGCAAUAUUUGGUAUGUUGCAAGCUUGAAGGUAGCUUAAACUUGAAAUAGUUGGUCCAUUAGUUGUAUCUGAUGGAUGUGAAUUUGCCUCCUAGUUCACUUUGUGUCAAGAGCUAAAACUGUGAACCUUUAUUGGUGGGUAAUAACUGAAAAUAAAGAUUUAUUUUCAUGCUCA